AUAUGGCACAUGGAAAGUUUUCUCAAUCCAUCAUUCUCUCCCAUAUAAUUUCCUGAUUCAAUCAUGAGGAAUGCCACUCCGUCUUUGCCCCUCUCCUUUUGUCAUUGCACGGAUUCCAUGGAUUCAAGCACAGCGAUUGUCUUUCCAUAGUACUGCUAUCUACAGAGAUGUCGCUCAGAACCACUACCAGACUUUGCAAGUCGCCCCGAGUGCUACACCGGCCGAAAUCAAAAAGUACGAUCACCUCCUCCUCAUCCAUUCAUUUUCAAUUGACUUCCAUAUACUGAUUUAAGCUCUUCAAGAUCUUUCUACGCUCUCAGUAAACUCCAUCAUCCCGACCAUAACCCCUCUGACCCCUCCGCAUCAAAACGCUUCGUAAAAAUAUCCGAAGCAUGGGCUAUUCUCGGCACCCCAGCAAAACGUCAAGCAUAUGAUCGAGAACACCAUUUAAAUGCUCACGCGCAUGGAACAGCUCACCAUCCACCACAAGGUUCCUAUUCAUCUAGCGGUCCGGCAGGUGGUAGACCUGCUAGCGGUUUGUCUAGGCGACGGACACAGUUCCGAGGACCGCCACCUAGCUUUUAUAGAAGUGGGGGAUGGGGAGAGCACAGUGCGAAGAGGAGAGCUGCGCAAGACAAUGGUGCGCCAGGAGCAGAGGCUCCGCCAAAUACAGAAAUGGGUGGUGGAAUGGGGACGGGCCAGAUGCCAUGGGGCCGAGAAGGAGAUAUUCCUCACUUUGAUAAAAGAAGACACACGCAAACACAUGACAAUGUGGAUAGAAGAAGGCGACGUCGGAUGAGUGAGCAUUUCAUACCAGCCGACAGGGAAAGGAGCACUUUCGCCAAUUUCGUUAUUCUUAGUGCAGUCAUAUCUUUGAGUGUCGCUAUACCAUCGUAUUUAUACGAAAGGAUAACAAGUGCAGGAAGACCAGGGAAGAAAUCAGCAUAACAUUGGCACAAAAAUAGACCAUAGAAUUAUUAUCUAUCCUUUCAA